UGUUCAGCCAUUGUCUCUAAUUUUGCGACUCUCUCUUUCUUCUCUACCUUGCUCGUCGUAGUCGUCUAAACCCUAACUCUCUUUUCCGACAACAGUGUCCUGCCGCAGUUUCAGAGCUACUCGCUUCUUCGAAAACGCGUAGAAUCUGUAAAACAUGAGUCGGCCAAUGGAAGAAGAUACCCCUGCAAAGAAUGAGGAAGAGGAAUUCAACACAGGACCGCUUUCGAUAUUGAUGUUGAGUGUUAAAAAUAAUACACAGGUUCUCAUCAACUGUCGCAACAACAAAAAGCUUCUGGGACACGUAAGGGCUUUUGAUCGCCACUGCAACAUGGUUCUUGAGAAUGUGAGGGAGAUGUGGACUGAGGUACCAAAGACUGGUAAAGGCAAAAAGAAAGCUCUCCCAGUUAACAAGGAUCGAUUCAUCAGCAAGAUGUUCCUUCGGGGAGAUUCUGUGAUCAUUGUCCUCAGAAAUCCCAAGUGAAAUUUGCAAUCCUAUGCUUGUCAAGCAGUGACUUUCUGGUGAAACGUAUGAUUAAUUGGAAUCGAAGCAAUCUUAGCCGAUCUCGACUGUUACAGUUUGAGUUUCAGUCUUAUGUAUUAUGAGUUAUGCAUCCAACCGGAAACUUUAUAUUUGUUUUGAACUAUUCUAGCUUCCCUUUUGCUUUGAAUAGAAGACAAGUGAUGUUGCACAAAU